ACAGUUGUCAAAUGUGUACCGAUAUUUCAAGGAAGGCCAGUUUUUAAUAAAUAUAAACAUCUACAGUUAAAAAACGGUUUCACAAUAUAUUUCUUUUUGUUAUAUGCAAUUUAUAAUGUGUAUAUUUACCAUAUAGUAGUUAAUUCAUAUUUUACCUGCAUAAUCCAACUCAAAAUUCAAAACGUUUAGUAAACAAAAAGUGACGUUCUUGGGACACGUAUUUAUGUGAUAAGACAUUAAAACAUGUUAAAAUAAAAUAACUAGUGAAAAUGCGGUAUAAACUUUUAAUAAUCUUUUUAACUCUUAUUUGUUGUGAAUUUUCUGAUGAAAAUUUACAAGGACCAACAGAAAAAAAAGAUAAAAAAAAUAGUGAUUUAAAUGAAGAGGAAACCAGUAAAAAAGAAGAAUUUGUAGGAUCGAUAGAAGAUGAAGAUGGGGCAACUACAAUUCGAAUUGAAUCGGUUCCUGAUUUAAGUAAUGAAAGAGAUCAUCAUAAAAGUAAUGAAAUUAUAAAUCGUGAAAUUUCAGAAGCGGUGGAUAUAUUUAUGUUAGAUCAGGCAAAGGUAAUACAAAAAAUGGUUCAGGAAUUUGACUUAUUCAGCAACUUACAAGAUAGCGAUGAAUCUCUAGAACCAGAAGAAGAGCCACAGUUGCCAGAGAGUUUGCUUCAUCCGAAAGAAUUUACUCCUGAAGAAUUAGAGGCAAAGACUAUUUAUGAAACUGCUGCUGCCAUGCUCAAUAAAACAAGGCCCGACAAACAACAAGCUUACCAAUUGUUAAUUGAUGCUUCUAAUAGAGGAAAUAUGGAUGCAAAGGCAUUGGUUGCUUGGGCCAAACUGUUCGGAAAUCCGUUGAAGCAAGAUAUAUAUGUUGCAAAAGAAAUGUUUAUGGAACUAGCAGAAAUGGGAAACCCAGAUGGUCAUACAGGCUUAGGUUUUUUAUAUGCCUCUGGUUUGUCUGUAAAUGUUAGUCAAGCAGAGGCUUUAGUCCAUUACACUUUUGGAGCAUUAGGGGGCAAUACAUGGGCUCAAAUGGUAUUAGGAUACAGAUAUUGGUCUGGUAUUACAGUUGCCACUAGUUGUGAAAGAGCUCUAGAUUUCUAUAGACAAGUAGCUGAUAAAGUAAGUCAAGGUGUAUCUUUUGGAGGAGGUGCUGCAAUACAAAGAAUACGACUACUGGAUGAAUUAGAAAACGGUUACACAUCCGGGAUUUUGGAUAAUGAUCUCAUAGAGUACUACCAAUUGCUUGCUGAAAAGGGCGAUGUUCAGGCUCAGGUUGGUUUGGGUCAACUUCACUAUCAAGGGGGGAGAGGUGUUGACUUAGACUACCAGAAAGCAAUGCAUUACUUCACCCAAGCUGCAAAUGCAGGAAAUGCUAUGGCCAUGGCAUAUUUGGGAAAGAUAUAUUUGGACGGAAGUGACGAAGUUCCUGCUAACAACGAAACUGCAUUCAAAUAUUUUAAAAAAGCCUCGGAAUUAAACAAUCCUGUGGGAUUAAGUGGUCUUGGUUUGAUGUAUUUAUAUGGAAAAGGCGUAGACAAAGAUUAUUCUAAGGCUCAUCAAUACUUCUUGGCAGCUGCUGACCAAGGUUGGGUAGAUGGACAGUUACAACUAGGGAAUAUGUAUUUCAGUGGUUUAGGUGUGAAAAAGGAUUUUAAGUUGGCAAACAAAUAUUUUUCACUCGCAUCUCAAUCUGGUCACGUUUUGGCUUACUAUAAUUUGGGUCAAAUGCAUGCUCAGGGCACUGGAAUGUUACGCUCCUGCCCAACAGCUGUGGAACUUUUCAAAAAUGUUGCAGAAAGAGGUAGAUGGGGAGAAAUUUUAAUGCAAGCUCAUUCAGACUAUCGAGAAGGUCGAUAUGAUGAAUCCUUUGUACAAUAUGCCCUUUUGUCUGAAUUAGGGUACGAGGUAGCUCAAAGUAAUGCAGCAUUUCUUUUGGAUAGAGGAGAAGUUCCGAUGCUAAAUACCCAAGAAGCUCUAGUCAGAGCCUUACUGUAUUGGGGAAGAGCUGCUGCUCAGGGUUAUUCUGCUGCUCAGGUUAAAUUAGGUGACUAUUAUUACUAUGGACUAGGUACACCGGUGGACUAUGAAACGGCAGCUACACAUUAUCGACUAGCUUCUGAUCAACAGCAUAAUGCUCAAGCAAUGUUUAAUCUCGGUUAUAUGCAUGAACAGGGGCUGGGCAUGGUUAGGGAUAUGCAUUUAGCCAAACGAUGCUAUGACAGGGCUGCAGAAACCAGUACAGAUGCUAAAGUUCCUGUAGCUUUGGCAUUAUUUAAAUUGAAUCUAUUGUUCAGUCUUGAAAGUAUAAAGGAGUUCUUGUUACAGAGUCCACUGUCUGGCCUACUUGAUUUUAAUGAAACUUUGGGUUCAAAUUGGGAUUUAUAUUUAAUAACAACCUUAGCAGCCGUUUUGGCCGGAAUCGUUUAUUUCAGGAGACCUCAAGUACCACAUGUAGCACCAUAACAUGUAAAAAUUAACUGAUAGUCUAUUUAUUUUGUACAUAUUAAGAUUAAAAGUAGAAACAUCAA